AUGGCACCCCUCCCAUCAGGAAGAGUUCUGGUUGAUCUCGACAAUAUCGAGUUCUACAGGUCGCAGCCCUCGAAACAAUUACAACCGGAAGCACCUGCUGCGAAGAGUGACAUCGACAACCAACCUCCUGCCCCUGACUCUUUCGUGAAUGUUAACAGCCAUGAUGCCCAUAUCUCCUCCGGUGGUGACACGCAGCCCUCCACUUCACAGAAAGAUCCUGGUAUUGGCGACCGAAUCCAUUCGGAUGCAGGUUUCCGCCAUGAUGUCCACCGCGAGACGAGCCCUUGCGGGACUCCCUCAAGAUUUACGCCACAGAACGAUGUAACCCCCGUUACCGCGCGAGAUCAAGGCUACGAGAGCGAUCAGGGUGAUGUGGGGAGAUCAUAUACUUUUAAUGAUCGCCUAGGUGGCCGCUUGUGGCCGUUUGAGCAGGAAGACUUAGGAUCAGAUCGUCAUAUGAUGAGUCUAGCCGCACCCAGUCAAUUGGCACAGCUUACAACUAGCUGUGAACGUCAGCCCACGGUCGCAGCGGUGGUCCCGCCACCACCUCGACGGAAGGCAUUCGCGGUGGCCCAAGCACGAAUAUCUACGUCUGGAAGCCAGCAACCCCGCCGUUACGAUGACUCUCAAGAUGAGAACAACGCUCAGCACAACAGCCAGCCCGGUAUGUCAGAAUCCGGGGAAUGUCAACAUCGUUCAAAGAGAAGAAGGAUUGUGACCCAGUCCGUGAAAGAAGCAAGUGACCAUGCACUUUCUGGGCAAUCCCCAAAGUCUCCAACUAGCUCAAAGCCUAUGUCGACAUCUUUGUCGUCGGCAGGUUGCUGCAAAACUCGAGAUAUUUUUGGGCGAGCCAUCCUUACCGUUGAGUCUCACGGAUCAGAGGAGUCCUAUUUCUUCUCAUUCAUCCCAACUGCACCCAAUCAGAUCAACACACCGUCAUUGCAAUCCGCUUCCCACGAGACGCUGGGGCGCACUGUCGGCCUUUCGCAUGCACCUCCUGCUAGCAACUCCAGAAAAUCUGUGGGAAGAAGGCCUUAUUCAUCCGCGGAGGAAGCUCUUUUGGUCAAACUGAAAGAGAACAAGAAUAUGGAUUGGGAGGAAAUUGCCCACCACUUCCCUGGUCGAAGUGUAGGAGGUACAUUAUUCUACGAAAGUCAGGCACAACGCUGCUAG